GGAGGAGGAUCAAUCGUUUGCAAGGAGGAGGAGGAGGAGCAGGAGGAGGAGGUUUCAUUGCUGGAGUCUUAUUCCCGAAGAACUUAAAAUUGAAACCCUCUCGAGGUUGCCUGUCAAAUCUCUAAUCCAAUUAAAGUGUGUCUGUAAAACAUGGCGUGCUCAUCCUACAAACCCUAUCUUUAUUGCCUCUCAUCUAGAAAAGGAUACUCAUACUAGGCUGGUCACUUGGAAUGCUAACCAUAAUGGUCUCUUGGUUGGGCAUGAUGGCUUUCACACCUUCGUAAAAUGUUCCAGAUAUAACUUUCAACCUGUGAAUCUUGCUUUCGGGUUUCAUAGGAAAGCAGAUUUAGAUUUAGGUCCAUGUGACGGCAUAUUUUGUCUAGUCUGGAGUAUCGGUUAGGAUGGCAUCUAUGGAAGUACCAAGGAGGUACCAACUAUUGCGCUAUGGAACCCUGCAACAAGGGCAUUUAGCAUUCUCCCCAUGUCCAUCUGUGACUUACCACCAUAUGGCCAGUUACAUAGAUGUUUGGUAGGGUUUGGUCUUGAUCUCAAAACUAAAAGUUACAAGGUACGUUUGUUUUCAUAUUUUGGGGAUGAUGAUUUUGGUGUUUACAAUAAUUCUGUUGAAGUUUACGACUCCAGUUCCGGUUCUUGGAGAGUUCUCUAUGCUGAUCAUUUUUUCCCAGAGGUACUUAUUCGUGAUGGCCCACAAAUCAACACAUACAACAAAAGCGAUGGUAUUUUUCAUUGGUUCGCGCUUCACAAUUACGGUUUAUGCAGUGUCAGUUGUUAUGAGGGGCUGGUUCUUUCAUUUGACAUGAGUAAGGAGUUGUUCCACAUGACACGUCUUCCAGAGAAAUUCAACACCUUCACGCAGGAGCUAACCCUCUCCCCCAAUGUAGACUACGUCAAACGGAAGGAGUGUAGCGUUGGCUUGAUAAGGGAUUCCCUUGCAGUUAUUUUUUCUUUCCUCGAGGAAGGCCGCACAUAUAUUGAAGUAUGGGUAAUGAAGAAGGACUUCGACUGCAUGGUUGAGAUUGAGAAUCCUCAUACAGGUGGUUUCAUGAAUUAACUGUGGAAGUGCCAAUUCCUGGUUCAUGGGCCCCUCUGGGUUUCUGGAAUAAGAAUGAGCUUCUUAUCCGAAAAUGGAGAUCUAAACUUGACACGCUAAUCUUGUAUGACAUUGUUACCAAACAGGCUAAGAAUGUGAAGAUUUCUGGCGAGCGGAAUUUUAUGUACAAAGAGAGCCUUGUUUCAAUUAAGGGAGGAUGUGGAAAUUAGUUACUCUAGUUUGCAUUAUCGUUAUUGAAUAAAUGAGACCAUGUUUGGUUUUCAUUCAUUUGACGGAGCAUGGCUGCGGUUGUAAUGAUCGUUAGUAAUGUUUUUAUUCGCUAAAAGUAGUUAUUUUUGGUGCCUUUAAGUAUCUAAACCAUCUUACCGGGCACAUUGUUUGUAGUCGUGUAGGUUGAACGUAUAGUAGCUCUUCAUUAUUUCUCUGUUUUAGCAUGGAGUGAAAAUAGUCUUUAAUUACCUUUAAA